GUUCCCUAGACAGAGAAGCCAUAAUCAUUUUUCAGUUGUGUCAGAGAUUUAGAUAUUAUUAGAUCACAAUGGAAAGACAUAACAUUAACAAACAUGAUAAUAGUAAGUCAAUCAAGAUCUAUUUUCUUUUUUUCUAACAGGCGAGUUUUAUUUUAUGAUAAUAAUUAUACUCCACCCUGUAUAGACAUUGGUGAAGCGAAGAGGAAUUCUCGUAUAUCUUCUGCUCGCCGGAGGCAGCACUCAGCCUUCGGGAUAAGUUCGUUAGAGUGCCCUGCUGUCUUCUGCUCCAAGACACUCCCGAAGGACGAGGAGGGUCCUUCGGUAUUACCUUCACCUUGCUCUUCAGAGGCUUCCCGCCCCUUCAACUGUCUUCUAAUUUCCAACGUUUCGACGAUCGUUCAAUUUUCACAAUUUACGGAGCCGUUUAACCCCUAUAGAUCAUUGGAAACACCUCAUAGUGACAUAUUCUAUAUGCUUAUUUUCUACCAAUCUAUUUGGUCAAAUCAAUUUCCUAUAUAUUUUUAUCUUCAACUCAGAAAUUCUUCUCUUUCUUGAAACAAAAAAAAAAAGAAAAAAAAGAAUGGAAAGAAAAAAAAUUUUCGAUCAGUCCAUUCGAAAAAUACCGUUCCAGCUAAAUUGACUCGACGACAAAUUGGUAUUGCACGGUUACCGCCGUAGGAAGGCAUAAAUGUUAUUCGAGCAUGAUGAUGAUGAUCGAUGCGGCGCGCUGGAUUCAAGCUUGAAUCACUCGCUUUUCAGACGCGUCGUGUCCUGGCUAGUGUGCAGGGACGACGGGUGGC